AUCAGAGCUAAAAUGGCUGUAAAUAAGUUUGAGAUAUUAAUAGAGGUCCUGCAGUUGUUGCUGACAGUUUCUUAUUGUAGGACAGUAAAUCUGUUUCUAUUCUCACUCUGAUGACUCUUCUGUUCACUCUGUCUCUUAUUUAUGGGCCGCCAGCUACAGGCCCCGCCCCCCCCCCCCCGGCAUGAGCUGUCCACGCGUCCUCUCUGCGCUCUGAUUGGCUACCUUCGCCCAAACAGUCCGUGUUCACCAAUCAAAGAGCUCCGUCCUCCAGGAUCUGCGUGUCCACACUCUGAGCACUUGCUGCUCCGUGAGCGGUAACGGGACACCGGGACCCCCCAGACCCCCCCCCCCCCCGGUAUAAAGUGACCUCCAACUGUUUACUGACACAGAAACUCCAAAACCAACGAGCAAGAAGCCACGUAGAUGAAAAUAAAAGUCAUUUUAUCAGCAUGAGAUGUUUUUAUUACUUUGAUUGAUUUUUUGUCUGAUUUCAGUCGAUGCAACAAAAUAUUGGAAUAUAAUCGAUUUUUUAAUUGUAAUUAAUUUUCUAUCAAAUGGAAUUUUACGUUGCUUUCUUUUUAAUUUUCACAUAAUUUCACGCCCCCCCACCCCCCCGAUCACUGAGGACUUGUCAGUGUCAUCAGUCGGCUGCAGUAUCUCAGUACCAGUUUCAGCUCCAGCAUCAUCAUGGUUCUGUUUCCAGCCAACAAACUCAAAGUCUUCCUGCUGGUUUUCUCGGAUCCCGCCAGGUCCUUCUACAGCAGCGGGGAGAAACUGUCCGGCUGCGUGCACCUGGAGGCGGAGCAAACCUGCAAGGUGACCGGCCUCACGGUCACCGCCGCCGGCUGCGCCCGCGUGGACCACCGCGGUCGGAAGAACCGCAAAAACCGCAGCCAGGAGGUGGAAUACCUGAAGUACGAGGAAGAGCUGAGGCUGGAGGAGGUGCUCACUGAAGACCCGGAUGGGGGCUUCCUGCUGCAGUCUGGUAAAACCUACAGCUUCCAGUUUGGCUUCGAGCUGCCUGCAGCUGGACGUCUGGUGUCAUCCUACAAAGGAAAGUUCGGUUCUGUCCGUUACUACGUGCGGGCGGUGCUGGACAGGCCUUCCCAGCAUGCCUUGCAGUGUGAGAAGGAGUUUGAGGUGGAGGAGCCGCUGGACGUCAACCGGGCAGACCUGCUGGCUCCAGCUGCAGCCUCCAUACAGAAGAAGGUCACCUGCAUGUUCAUCCCUGACGGUCAGGUGUCCAUCAGCGCUCAGAUUGACAGGAAGGGAUUCUGUGAGGGAGAAGAAAUCAACAUCAACGCCAAGUUUGAGAACACCUGUUCACGUAUCGUUGUGCCGAAGGCCGCCAUCAUCGCCAAACACUCGUAUGUUGCCGACGGACGCACCAAGGAGUUGCGUCAGAAACUGACGGCGGUUCGAGGAAACCACAUCAUCUCUGGAAUGUGCGACAUGUGGCAGGGGAAGACCAUCAGAGUCCCCAAACUGAAGCCGUCGCUGCUCGGCUGUGACAUCAUCAAGGUGGACUAUGCACUCAUGAUCUACCUGCACAUCCCCGGCAGCGAGAAGCUGAUCCUGGAGCUGCCUCUGGUCAUCGGGACCAUCCCGUUCAGCGGCGUCGGCAGCAGAACCAGCAGCAUGAGCAGCCAGGCCGGAUCCCUGAGCAGCUGGUCCUCCUUCCCCUCGGCCCCCCCGAGCUACAGCAACAUCCACAGAGACCUGAGAGUGGGCGGCCCCCGCACCCCCCUGCUCUACGACUACGACGGGGGGGAGGACGAGGAGGAGGACGGUGGGCUCUUCAUGAGAGCACCAGAGCUGCAGUACCCCCCUCCCCCCGCAUACAGUGAGGUGGAUCAGGACGCCGUCAACCCUCCUCAGGUUGUUCAGGUCUUCUGAGGAUGACCUCCUGGUGACUGACCUCCUGAAGUCUGAGCUGUCUGCCCUGUCACAGUCAGGACUGUAGGUCGAGUUCUACGACAAUGGUGACUAAGCAGUUUCCGGACAGUGACUCAGCAGUUUGCUGACGGUGACUCAGCAGUUUCCGGACAGUGACUCAGCAGUUUGCUGAUGGUGACUCAGCAGUUUCCGGACAGUGACUCAGCAGUUUGCUGAUGGUGACUGAGCAGUUUCCGGACAGUGACUCAGCAGUUUGCUGAUGGUGACUCAGCAGUUUCCGGACAGUGACAUAGCAGUUUGUUGAUGGUGACUCAGCAGUUUCCGGACAGUGACUCAGCAGUUUGUUGACGGUGACUCAGCAGUUUGCUGACUGUGACUCAGUGUGUUUUGGCACUUUGUUAAAAACAGAAGAAAAGUGUUCUUUAGAUAUUUGUUGUUUCUCUGUCAAACGGUUGUUUUUUACUACUGUAGUUGCAGGAAGUCACAGUUGUACAUUUUGUGAAAUAAGAGCAGAUGUUUAUUUUUACACACAAACAAUAAAUCGA